AAUACCGGCACCAUGGAUUUAUAGACCUACCUAUAGGUAUGUCCUAUAGUACAGCGAACUGCAAUUAGGUACUUGACGGUGUAGAUCCAUCGGCCGUUUGGCACUCGAGGCUCUCUGCGAUGGAUGCAAGAAAACAUGAAACGCAGCACAGACAUCUUCUACACCAAUGAAUGAAAGAUAUCUGUCUGGGUUACUCUAUCAUCAAGGAUGACUACUCGCACGAUCAAUGGUCUACAUGACUUGGCAGACUAGAUUGCACUAUAAACGCUGAGCCUUCUCUAGAGCGUUUACUGUGCCCCUCAAGUAUCUCCAUUGUCUAAAUAUUUGAAAGCCUUCCUCCAAAGACCUCCGGACACAUUGCUCAUACUAUAGCUCAUGGGUCCACUCUCUGAGUCUCCUUGUAUUGGUAACAUGGAUCUUGAAAAAGCUGCUAGUUCCUGCAAUAGCACUAAGAAAGGAUCUUCACACUGUUUACAAACAGCUCCUGGAAAAUCAACUUCAGAGGCACCAGCUCCUAGUGCCGACCCGCAUAUUGACACAGGAUUACUGCCCUGGUUGCAGGUUCUUGGUGGCCAUCUCCUAACAGUCAACUCAUGGGGCUAUAUCACCUCGUACGGUCUGUUCCAAGCUCACUACACUGAAACUCUCGGCGUCUCUCCUAGCACAGUCUCAUGGAUAGGUUCAGUGCAGCUAUUUUUGAUCUUCUUCCUAAGCACGUUUUCUAUGCACGCUCUGACUACCGGCUACUACCGCCACGUUCUGGCUGUUGGCAUCGUGCUGCAACUUGUGGGUAUCUUUACAUCCGCCGAGGGAACACAGUACUGGCACUUCUUUCUCUCGCAAAGUCUCUGUCAAGGCGUUGGCAUGGGCCUGACAUUUGCUCCAACUGUGGGACUCGUGAGCUCAUACUUUGUAAAGCGGCGUGCUGUUGCUAUCGCAGCAAUCGCGUCGGGAUUGAACACUGGCGGUGUGAUCUUCCCACUGAUUGCACAACAGAUGCUGCCCGCACAAGGCUUUAAGUGGUCGCAGCGAACAAUGGGUUUCGUCAUAAUGCUGAACUCAGUGUUCGCCGUUCUACUCCUGAAGCCGAAACCCCCACCAAGUAGUAAUGCCAGGCGCAUCAUCGACAUGACUGCCUUCACUGAUCGUGUGUUUGUCACGUUUGCAAUUGGAUUAGUACUUGCCGUUCUAGGCAUGUAUUUCGCGCUAUACUACACCACCCCGUUCGCCGAGGACAUCCUCCAUGUCUCCUCCACGACCUCUCUCUCCCUCCUCCUAACCCUAAAUGCCAUUGGACUCCCCGGCCGUCUGAUCCCAGCCCUGCUUGCCGACCGCUUCUACGGCGGCUUAAACGUCCUCGUCCCUGUUGUCCUCUGUACAGCUAUCUUGAAUCUCGCUUGGGCGGGCGUCCAUAGCCCCAGCGGCAUGUGGACGUGGGCCAUCUUCUACGGCUUCGCGAGUGCGAGUGUGCAGACACUCUUUCCAUCAACGCUUGUUGCGCUUACUAAGGACAAAACGAGGGUCCCUGUCCGUGUGGGCAUGAUGUUCACCUUGCUGAGUGUCGGAUGCUUAGCAGGGCCACCAUUGGCUGGAGCUUUGAUACAGGCUCAUAGCGGCGGUUAUCUAUACGCGCAGAUGGUCAUGGGAUCUAUUAUGCUCCUGGGCACAGCGUUCUUAGUCUUGGCGAGAUUCUUGUUCGCCGGCUUCGUUGCCGUUAAAUGUUAAAAACUCACAGACUAGACACCUCCCUUAACCAUUGUGCGUCAACAUUGUUCUGAAGCAAGUCUUGCAAACUGAAGUAUAAUCUCCGUUAACUGGCAGUGCUAGCUAGCGCUUUUGUAAAUACCAAAGCUUCAACCUUGAUACUUAUUCGUGGCACCAGCCCCUCAGGCAUAUCGAUUGGUCAAAAGGCCGGAUGAGGAUAGAUUAAGACUUCAAUCAGCGAUGGAACUCUCCUGAAUCUGUGGUCCAAACUUCCAGCGCGCUUCAAAGUUGCUCAAUGAGAACUGCUUGAAAGACAACACACCCCACAUGCCAAAUAUCAAUUGCGUGACGAUAUGUAGGCGCACACUGCAAUCUGGACUCGAAGAAACAGUGCCGUAAUCAGUGUCCGGAAUGCUGAGACUACCCCUUCAUAUAGAAGAAUACUUCUAACUGAUGGUUACUAGUGAAAUCCCACUUGGCCACCUUCAAACUUAUUUAUCGAGUAGAGCAAUGACUGCCU